UUUUCAUUCAAUAAAACUUACCACUUAUACACUGAUUAAGUAUAUGAUAUGAAGCUAAAAAAAUCACACCUGUGGAUAUAUAUAUCUUCUCCACAUAUUAGUCAUUUUAAUUCGAUAACUAAAAUCCAGCACUGAUAUAUGAAAAACAGAUAGUAUAUACUCCACUUUGGAACAAUACAAAUUUAAUUAUAACACACCCAGCAAAAAAAUCCGAGCAGAGAGUCAAAACCAACACUUUGACCAAGUGUCUGCGUGACAGGUGGAUUUGUCUGCUUCAUCAACAACAUCUUUAACCACACUGUCUCAUCAUUCCACCAUCUCCGUUAUUUAUAAAACAAAAUACCAACUCUUCUUCUUCUUCGUCGAAUAUCUUCAAUUAAUUAAUAAUAAAUUCCUCUAUAUAUAUACACACACACGUUCAAAUCAUUAGUCACCUGCUUAGAUAAAAAUCAUAGAGAGAUAGAUAGUAACCCAACAGAAAAAAUGGGAAGAGGUAGAAGAAGCUCAUCGUCUUCAUCGAUAGAAAGUAGCUGCAAAAGCAACCCAUUUGGUGGCUCUUCGAGUAAUAAUACUCGGAACCUAAGCACUGACCUGAGGCUCGGACUCAGCUUCGGCUCAUCGUCCGGUCAAUAUUACAACGGCGGAGAAAAUCAUGAAUAUGAAGUCGUUGCGGCUGCUGAUCAAGAAAUGAUCAUGGAAGAAGAGCAAGAAGAAGAUCAAAACGAGUGUAAUAGUCUUGGAAGCUUCUACGUGAAGGUUAACAUGGAAGGAGUUCCUAUUGGAAGAAAGAUCGAUCUAUAUUCCCUUAGUGGGUAUCAUGAUCUGAUCACAACGCUUGAUUACAUGUUCAACGCCUCAAUCCUAUGGGCUGAGGAAGAAGAGAUGUGUAGUGAGAAAAGUCAUGUGCUAACAUACGCAGACAAGGAAGAUGACUGGAUGAUGGUUGGAGAUGUUCCUUGGGAGAUGUUCUUGUCUAGCGUGAGAAGACUGAAGAUCUCAAGAGCUUAUCACUACUGAUUUGACCAAUACAGUGUGGCAAGUAGUUAGUUUUGUCAUGAUGUAAAUCACUUUAUCGGAAAUUUUAUUCAAAAUUUUUGUUUCUAGUUUUAUUACGUAAUGUUUUUUAUUCGGUUAUAACUUGCAAGGAUGAAUUUUUCUUUCAGAUCCUUCGUUAGAAGGUUCAUGUUUUGUUGUUUAUUAGAUUUUUUUUUUCAGAAAAAUCCCUAGCGAUAAUAAAACCAAAUAUUAUAUGAA